AUGUGGGUAGAAUCGCCGGCUGUUCGUGGCCCCCGGCUUCUGGGAUCGCUGCUCCUAGCCAUCACGCUCCCCCGUGCCAUCACCGUCCAGGCGGCUUCCAUUCCGCAGGAGGUCAUCUUCCAAAAGGAAGCACCAGGGCACAUCGGCGGCGUCGCCAGCGAGAGCAGAGAAUGCAGCGCCAUAGGCAGAGAUUUGCUGGCACGAGGGGGUAAUGCCAUCGAUGCCUUGGUCGGCACGACAUUCUGUGUUGGCGUUAUUGGCAUGUAUCACUCAGGCAUCGGCGGCGGAGGCUUUGCCGUGGUCCGCGAUGCAAACGGCGAGUAUGAAGCCAUCGACUUCAGAGAAGCUGCGCCGGCCGCGGCCUUUGAGGACAUGUACAAGAACAACGCCAGCGCAAGCAUCCGCGGCGGACUCGCUGUCGGCGUCCCCAGCGAGAUCAAGGGGCUCGAGUACAUGCACAACAAGUACGGCGUCCUCCCCUGGAAGACGGUCAUGCAGGGCGCCAUCCAUGUGGCUCGCAAUGGAUUCCGAGUCUCGAGCGAUCUUGUGCGGUACAUGAGUACCACGUUCAAGGCGGACGGAGGGACUUUUCUCACCAAGGAUCCCGACUGGGCUGCGGAUUUUGCCCCUGACGGGGAUUUGGUCAAAGAAGGUGCCUGGAUGACGCGGAAACGCUACGCAGACACCCUUGAGAAGGUUUCCCAGCAUGGCUCUGAGAUAUUUUAUUCCGGAGAACUAGCCGAGACCAUUGUCGACUAUGUUCGACGCACCGGCGGGACAAUGACCCUCGACGACAUGACCAACUACAAAGUCGUCAUCCGUCCCGUCCACAAUGUCACCUAUCGAGGUCUCACUCUCCACGGCAUCGGUUCCCCCGCCGGCGGCGCCGUCAGUCUCCAGAUCCUCAAGAUCAUGGAGCGGUACGACUCGCAAGACUGGUCUGACCAGGACCUGUCCCGCCAUCGCCUCGCCGAAGCCAUGCGCUUCGCGUACGCCGCCCGAAUCAGCCUCGGCGACCCGGAGUUUGUAGAUGCCGACGUCGAGGGCUUUGAAAAGGAGAUGCUCGACCCGAGGAACAUUGAUGCCAUCCGCGAGAGGAUCUGGGACAACCAGACGCAUCCUACCAAGUACUACAACCCAGAGGACUUUUACGUCCCCGAGAACCACGGCACUUCGCACAUUGUGGCUGCUGACAAGUCUGGCAUGGCCGUCUCCUUGACGACAACCGUCAACCUCCUUUUCGGAGCCCGAAUCAUCGAGCCCGAAACCGGCAUCAUCUUAAACAAUGAAAUGAACGACUUCUCCAUCCCCGGCGUCAGCAACGAGUUCGGCUUCGCCCCCUCCGUAGCAAACUACAUCCGCCCCGGCAAGCGUCCCCUCUCCUCCAUCACCCCCAUCAUCGCCGCUUUCCCCAACGGCACUCUCUACGCCGCCAUCGGCGCCGCCGGCGGCUCCCGAAUCAUCUCCGCCACGGCCCAGGUGCUAUGGCACGUCCUCGAUGACCACGACGCCACUCUGGCGGGUGCUCUGCGGCGGCCGCGCCUCCACGAUCAGCUCAUGCCGAAUACCGUCCUGCUGGAAGAAAUGUUCGACGACCAAGUGGCCUUGGGAUUGGAGAAGAGAGGCCACAACGUGACUUGGGCUCGACCAGGUCUAAGCUCCGUACAGGCUGUCAGGAGAUUCACCGACGGUGUGUUUGAGGCGGCGGGCGAGCCGAGACAAAAGAACAGCGCGGGAUACACGCUGUAG